CUUUACCCACCAGCCUCUUUCCCCUCUUCCCCCCAUCACCUGCCCCUCAUCCCCAUGCCUCUCUUUCCCAGGUCUCCAGGAGGCUACGUUUAAAUUGCUAAGCUUCAGGGAGAUGAAGGCUUCGUCAAGCUGACAACAGCCUCCCAAGGCUCCCUGCUUCUUCAUUUAGGCAACUCCUCCAGCGAAGAAGCCCCGGCCGCCGCUCCGGCUCUCUCUGUCUCUGUCGCCUCUUCCCUCGGCUCGCCGGGGCCCCGGGGCCGGGCAGGACCGGACCGGGCCGGGUUUCAUGGAGAAGGUCCCGGGCGCGAUGGAGACGGAAAGGCGGGAGCGGAGCGAGGAGCUGUCAGAGGCGGAGAGGAAGGCGGUGCAGGAGACGUGGGCCAGGGUCUACGCCAACUGCGAGGAUGUGGGGGUCGCCAUCCUAGUGAGGUUCUUCGUGAAUUUCCCAUCAGCCAAGCAAUACUUCAGCCAGUUCCAACAUAUGGAGGACCCGGUGGAGAUGGAGCAGAGUACGCAGCUGCGCAAGCACGCUCGGCGGGUCAUGGGUGCCCUCAACACGGUCCUGGAGAACCUGCAUGACCCCGACAAGGUCUCGUCCGUGCUGGCGCUGGUGGGCAAGGCGCAUGCGCUCAAGCACAAAGUGGAACCCGUCUACUUCAAGAUCCUGUCCGGGGUUAUCGUGGAGGUCAUCGCGGAGGAGUUUGCUGACAACUUUCCGGCCGAGACCCAGAGAGCCUGGGCCAAGGUGCGCAGCCUCAUCUACACCCACGUGACAGCCGCCUACAAGGAAGUGGGCUGGGGCCAGCAGAUUCCUCACGCCACCGUCCCGCCAGCCACCCUGCCCUCUUCACUGCCGUAGGCCCCUUCCCUGCCCCGCAUCAGCACCUCCAACGGGAGACCGGGAUCCCCCGGUGGGGGGGCCGGCCUCCACCCUCCGCCCCCUCCGUCUCCUCCCUCUCUGGCGCCGAGGAAGCUGGAGGGACGCCGCCAACUCUUCCUUCAAGAGACGGGCCGCCCUGGGGCUACCGAGAAGUGGUAUCGGCCACCCAGAUGCCGGGCCUCAUUCUGCGGCCCUCCCCCCCUCCAGUGGGGGAGCGUGCCCCCUCCCUGCAGAGCUGGGCCCACCGCUCCCACCCGGCCUUUUUACUUGCCGGUGGAGACGGUUGGCUCUGUAGCCCAUCCUGAGAAGAAAGCAGCCUCCUGUUUCUCAGCCCACCCGACCCGGUGUUCCUGCGGCCCUCUCAGCAUGCUGGACCUCACCUCACGUCACACCUCUAGAGCAUCCUAUGCACACAUCUACCGUAUAUAAAGAGCUAGAGCUAGAUACACUAUAAGCCACACCCACCCAUAUAUAGGCACCCCAUCAAAGUGAGCACAGGGUGACGGGGGUUGCGGGUCAGCUUGAGAUGGGACCAGUUCUGCAGGACUCAUGUGGCACCUUCCGGGAAGUUAAGCUCUCUUGGUUCUUACCCUCAAUCUUCCCCACCAACCCACAGGCACACACGCACAUACCCACACACAUACUAGGCUCAAUGUCUUCCUUAGUUUCCUUAGUCCCUCUGACUCGGUGAUCUGAUCUAUGUUUGGGCCUCGGGUACUGGCACAGAUAAAGGGGUGGGGGUCCCAGAUGUGCAGACAGGACCAGCUGUGUAGUUUCUGCUUCCUGCCCCACCCCAGAGACCCCGACAUCCCCCUUCUGGGGAGUUGGAGUGAGUCUCCUGGCCCAGGCCCCCUACCCAGCCGUCUGUCCUGUCUGCCUGAGUUUCCCUGGGUCACUUGGAACCCCGUGUUGUCCCCAAGAUGACCUUACUGCCGUGGCUGCUGUGCCCAUGUACCCCACGUGUCUCUACCGUGCCCCAGCCACGAGGCUGUCAGUGUAACCACCUGUUCUGAUUUUGUAGAAUUCUUGUUUGUAACCGGAGCCGGCUAUGUCAUUAAAUACAACUGUUCCCUGUCCA